UAAUUUUUGUUGUUGGUUGUCCAUCAAUUAAAUAUAUCCACUACUCAUUAUUGAUAAACCAGAAUUGGCCACAAUUUAGAGCUACUAUAGUCAACAUUAAUAUGGAUUUACAUUCAUUGGUGCGAUCCAUCAGAGCUAACAAUAAUAACAAUAAUAAUGGAGGAAAGGGAGGCCAACAGAGUGCCGGUACCGGUUCGGGUAAUACACACAAGGACAGUAUUGCCGAAGGACACGCCGAACGACCGCCACAUUUGGAUCGACUACUUGAACAGGAAUCAGUUGGUCAUGAGAUACAAGUGCUUAAUUCCUGGUCAUCCGAACACAAGAGUCCACAUAUUAUCAUCAGAGAUGAAGGACUGGUUGGCAAACGACGACCAGUAGCCAAGUCUACCGAUUGUAUUCGUGGCCGCAUUGCCUACAGUACUGGUCUGCAUGUGUGGACAAUUAAAUGGCCGACCGAUUGUCGGGGCACACACGCUAUGGUAGGAGUAGCCACUGAAGCAUCACCAAUGCAUAUGACAGGCUAUUGCUCUCUGGUUGGUUCAAAUGGAGAGUCGUGGGGCUGGGAUCUGGUCCGCAACAAAUGCUAUCACAAUAACGAAGAGCAGACUUAUCCUCAAUGGUUGACCAGUCAUGAGAUAUUCGACAUUCCCGACGAGUUCAAAGUGGUGCUGGACAUGGAUGCCGGCACACUGGGCUUUAUUGUCGACAAUGUCUAUUUGGGMGUAGCCUUCAAUGGACUGAAGGGCCAAAAACUAUAUCCUGUGAUCAGUACCGUAUGGGGUAAUGGAGAGAUCGGCAUCCGAUACGAGUCAUGUCUCGAUAAAAGUCCACUAUUGCUUCGRGAGUGCUGUCGUCAAGUGAUCCGUUCGUCAAUUGGCAAACAAGGGUUCCAACGGUUCAGAUCUGACGACGUUUGUCUGCCGACUAAAUUGAAGAACUAUAUUGUUCAGUAAGAUAUGACACACAAGUCAAUGGGUUGACACAAAAGUGGUUUUUWUUAGUUCAGUCCCAUACAAUUAUUCAACUGUCACCACACAGUCAAGUCCCCCCAUUAUAUAAAGUAUGUGUGUGUGUGUGUGUGUGUGUGUGAGCAUGUGUAUGGGGUUUUUACAUGUAAUUUACAGGUAUACCCAAAUGGUUGUCCACCUGACCUCCUUAACCCCUCUUCCACUUUUAUUAUUAUUUAUUAAGUCUCAUCAAGUUUUUAUCCGCUCUUUUUAUAUAAUAUUUAAU